AUGGGUGUUCCUCAAAUAUGGGAGUUUUUAAAGCCAUUUCUUCAAGACUCUAGAAUUCCACUACGAAAGUUUAUCGUUGAUUUUAAUAUAUCGCAAAAAAGACCCCCGAAGAUUGCAAUCGACGCAUAUGGGUGGCUGUUUGAAUGCGGAUUCAUUCAAAAUUUAGAUACGAAAUCAAGAUCAAGAUCAAGAUCAGGAAGUCCUAUCCGUUCACCUCGAAGAAAUGAUAUCGAAAUCAACCAAGAUUAUAAUGGUGGCCGAGGCUAUACAUCGACAGGAAAAGCUGUCAUAAAUUUGGUAUCUAGAUUAAAGGAAUUACUAAGCUUAAAUGUGGAAUUCUUGCUUGUAUUUGACGGAAUCAUGAAACCCUCUUUUAAGAGAAAAUUCAAUCAGGAACCAACCGCUACUUGUUAUGAUGACGAGAAAGAGUACUAUUUAAAUUGGGAACAACACGUCAAAAACCACAAACUUUAUGACAAUUGCCAAGGGUCGGCAACGUCACUCGAACCUGAGUUUAUUAAACUUGUACGGAAAUUAUUGGACUUGAUGAACAUUUCCUACGUAAUGGCAUGUGGAGAAGGAGAAGCCCAAUGUGUUUGGUUACAGGUUUCUGGAGCAGUAGAUUUCAUUUUGAGUAAUGAUUCAGACACUCUGAUUUUUGGAGGAGAAAAAAUACUAAAAAAUUAUUCGAAAUUUUAUGAUGAUUUUGGUCCAACGUCAGUAGCCUCUCACAGUCCUAAUAGGCAUUAUGAUAGUAAGGAACCCUUUGUAACUGUUGUAGAUCUGCCUAGUAUUAACCAAGUAGCUCAAGGGAAUUUUGAUCGAUUGUCUCUCUUACUUUUUAGCGUUUUAUUAGGCGCUGAUUAUAAUCAUGGAAUCAAAGGCUUAGGUAAAAACAAGUCAUUGCAAUUGGCACAAUGUAAAGAUCCAAAUUUUACUGUAGAGUUUUAUAACAUUUUCAAGGAUUUCAAGACAAAAGAUUCGAAAUUAGAAAGUUUAAGAGAUUUUCAGUAUAAGGCGUUUCAAGAUAGGAUAUACUCAUAUUGUAAAGACCAUUCCGUCAAGAUUUUUGGGAGAAAUUAUUCUGUAUUAUUAAACCAUGGUUCCUUUGAAGGUUGGCCAUCAACUGUUGCCAUUAUGCAUUAUUUUCACCCCAUUGUCCGGCCAUAUUUUGAUGAAGCAGUCCUCAGCAAUAAAUAUAUAAAUAUGAUGGGAAAUAAGAAUUACAGGAAUCUGAACUUUAAGGAAUUGUCAUUUUUUUUGCAAAGUUUAAAUUUGCCUCAAAUUUCUAAUUUCGAUAGAUGGUUCCAUGAUUCUAUGCACGAAAUGUUUCUUUUAAGAGAACUUUUAUCAUACAACGAGCCUGGUAGUAUAGGUGAAGGUAACAUGAGAAUCACCGAAGAAAAAACGUUGAACACCAAUGGUAACAAAUUUCAGAUGCAAUGUUUCAAAAUAAGGUACACAACAUUUUUGCCAAACAUUCCCAUUUCUUCUCAAUCUCCUUCUAAAAGGAGUAAUUCUCCAAGUAGAAGUAAGAGCCCUACACGGCGUCAAAUGGAUAUAAUGGAACAUCCUAAUAGUCUCUGGCUGCCCAAGCGCUUGAUACCUGAAUCCCAUCCACUGGUACUCCAAUAUUACGAGGAACAGCGCAUAGCAUUAGAGCAGAAGAAUAAGAAGGGGAGAAAUGUAGGAAAAAAGAGUCAGAAAUUACAAAAGAACAAUUUAGACGAUUUUCUUAGAAAGCAUGCAUCACCGAUUAAAAAUAUCCAAAAAGUAGAUGAAUCGAUGAAGCAAACCUUGAAGCCCGUGAAGAAGCGCCUUUUCGUGGACACAGACGAGGACACAAGCUUGGAAGAAAUAUCCCCCAUCAUAGAAUUGCCCACCAGGCAUAAUGAUAGCGAUGAUGGCGAUGAUUCUUUGAUUUUCGUUCAAGAGGUUACAAACAACCAAUCAGUGCUUGAUAACUCGCCUGGCAAGAGGUUCCGGGAUCUUGCUCAAAAUAAAAUGAUUGACACCAAGGACGAUGAAACAGAAGAAUCACCUUUGAAGAAAUCAAGAGCUGGCAUUGGUGAGAUAAAACUGCCAUCACCUGACCCAAAGCCAUACCUGACUUCUACUGGCAAUAUUCAUUUGCAAAGAACAAAGAUACAACCUCCAAAGUUGGCCAAUCUACGACUAGAGAGAGAGCAUUCCUCAGUGCUUGACCAGCUUGUCACAGACGCACAAGAUACUGUCGACCGGUUCCUUGUAGCCUAUGACAGCGCCAGUAGCAGUAGCGUAGAAUAA